AUGACCGGCCGUGGUAAAGGAGGUAAAGGGCUUGGAAAAGGAGGAGCGAAACGUCAUCGUAAGAUACUUCGAGAUAACAUUCAAGGAAUUACUAAGCCAGCUAUUAGAAGACUUGCUCGAAGGGGCGGUGUAAAGCGUAUUUCUGGACUAAUUUAUGAAGAAACUCGUGGUGUAUUGAAAGUUUUCCUUGAAAAUGAUGCAGUGACUUACACGGAACAUGCAAAGCGCAAGACGGUCACGUCUUUGGAUGUCGUCUACGCGCUCAAACGCCAAGGCCGUACUCUUUAUGGUUUCGGUGGUUAA